UCUUCCUCGAUUGCUCAGGCUGAGCUGCUCCGCUGGAAGAGGCCUGAGCCAGUGUCUGACGGAGACGAGGGCGGAGGGUGGAGAGGCCAGGAGCCCCCAGGUUUCCCUCGAUGACGAGCACACAUCCCCUUUCCUGCUGGAAGACCUUGUGUGGGAACCGUGGCCAUGGCAUCCACGCCGGACCCUGUGACCUUCCGUGAGUUCUGCCCGCUGUACUAUCUCCUCAAUGCCAUCCCUGCCAAGGUGCAGAAGGGCUUCCGCUCCCUGGUGGUCUACCUCACGGCACUCGACGCCAACGAGGACUACAUUGCCGUGGGCAGCAGCAUCGGCAUGCUCUACCUGUACUGCCGCCGCCUCAGCCACAUGCGGAAGUACAACUUCGAGGGGAAGACGGAGUCCAUCACUGUGGUGAAGUUGCUGAGCUGCUUUGAUGACCUGGUGGCAGCGGGCACCGCCUCUGGGAGGGUUGCCGUUUUCCAACUGGUGUCCUCACUGCCGGGGCGGAACAAACAGCUUCGGAGAUUUGACGUCACUGGGGUUCACAGAAAUAGCAUCACAGCGCUGGCCUGGAGUCCCAACGGGAUGAAGUUGUUCUCGGGAGAUGACAGAGGGAAGAUCGUGUACUCGGUUCUGGACCUAGACCAGGGGCUCUGCAGCUCGCUGCUGGUGCUGGAGGAGCCGGCGUCCAUCGUGCAGCUGGAUUACAGCCAGAAGGUGCUGCUGGUGUCCACCCUGCAGAGAAGUCUGCUCUUCUACACCGAGGAGAAGUCUGUCCGGCAGAUCGGGACACAGGCAAGGAAGAGUACUGGGAAAUUUGGUGCUUGUUUUAUACCAGGACUGUGCAAGCAGAGCGACCUCACCCUGUACGCGUCCCGGCCCGGACUUCGGCUGUGGAAGGCCGACGUGCACGGCACCGUGCAGGCCACCUUCAUCCUCAAGGACGUUUUUGCCGGCGGGGUCACACCCUUUGAGCUGUACCCGCGCCUGGAGCCGGAGGACAGGGGAGGCUGCGGCUCCACCGAGAAGCACCUGGGGCUGGUGUCCUGCUUCUUCCGGGAGGGCUGGGUGCUGAGCUGGAACGAGUACAGCAUCUACCUUCUGGACACCGUGAGCCAGGUCACCAUUGCUGGUUUGGAAGGAUCGGGUGAUAUUGUAUCUGUUUCCUGCACAGAAAAUGAAAUAUUUUUCUUGAAGGGAGAUCGGAACAUCAUCAGGAUUUCGAGCAGACCUGAAGGACUAGCGUCAGUAGUGAGAAACGGCCUGGAGGUGGUGAGAUGUCCCGAACACAUCCCUGGGGAGUGUCCAGAGAAGCCUCCAGGGGCUGGUGCUGCAGAGACUAGGCUCAGAGGCUCCUCAGUAGCCAGCUCGGCCGCCAGUGAGCCCCGGAGCCGGAGCAGCUCGCUCACCUCCACCGACAGCAGCUCCAGCCUGCUGCUGCCCGCGCCUCCAGGCGGUCCAGAUCCCAGCAAGGGCAGCCAGCCCACCUUGCAGAGAUUCAGGGCCAUCAGUUCCGAGGACUUCGAGCAAGAGCUUGUCGUGAAGCCCAUCAGGGUGAGGAGGAAGAAGAAGAAGAAGACAGAAGGUGGAGGCAGUCACGCCUGUGCCAGCUCCCUGGAGCCAACACCCUGCUCCCAGCUCCCCGGCGGCAGCCCCCAGUCCCUGAGCACAGAACGACUGUCCGUGACCUCAAGCGUCCUGGGCAGCAGUGUGGACCAGCUGAGCACAGAGUCGCCUGACGGCGAGAGCAGCCUUGGGGGCGGCGAGGUGAACGGUGUCUUGCUGGAAAAUAACGACCCAGACACGUUUAGCAUCCUCGAGGCACCGGAAUCUGUCCCCGACACCGAUGUACUGGGUGAAGAAGUGGACGCUGCCUCUGAAGUUCCACAGUGUCACCUUGUGCAGGAGCCGGAGCCAGAGCCACUCCCUGGAACAUUGACAUUGCCCUUGCUCCCGAGGGAUGGUGUGGAAGGCGGUGAUGAUAGAGGACUCGGAGAGCUGCCUGGUCCUGUGAACGCUGACCCCGGUGACGGACAGGUCCCCUACCUGGGCCACGACAGCGCUGCCAAGGCCUCCAAGGAGGAGGACACGGAGGCCGAGGGCCCCCGGAGCCCCUCUCCAGAACCCCUGCUCCUGGACUCGCUCACGGCGCCUCCCAGCCUCCUUGGGACCUCGAGGGCAGCCCAGUGGCCGCCCAGGCUUGGGGCUGCUGAUGGCGCUGAGCAGGCCAGCAAAGACCAGGACAGCCUCGGGUGCCUUAGGGCAGACCCCUGGGCUGCUGUCACUGACCAUGAUACAGGGCAGAAGGAAAUGCCCACAUCUGAAGGUGGUAAGGAGAGUUGGGGGAGACAGGCGGCUCCCCUCAUGACUGCCUCAGCAGCCGGCAUGCGGGAGCCUUGGCUCCAGCCGCCUUCCCAGGACCCGGCGCUGACAUCCAGCGACGAGGAAGACAUCUACGCCCACGGGCUGCCAUCUUCAUCCUCAGAGACGAGUGUCACGGAGCUCAGAGCCGGGCGCUCCCUGCAGGACCUGAGCCAGCCAGGGACAGAUGACCCCACCCUGCUCAAGUCGGAUCAGUUUGCAGAGAGCUGGAUGGGCUACUCUGGCCCAGGCUACGGCAUCCUCAGCCUGGUGGUCUCUGAGAAAUACGUGUGGUGCCUGGACUACAAGGGUGGCCUGUUCUGCAGUGCGCUGCCUGGUGCCGGACUCCGCUGGCAGAAGUUCGAAGACGCCGUCCAGCAGGUGGCAGUGUCACCCUCAGGAGCCCUUCUGUGGAAGAUUGAGCAGAAAUCCAACCGUGCCUUUGCAUGUGGGAAAGUCACCAUCAAGGGCAAGCGGCACUGGUACGAGGCGCUGCCCCAGGCUGUGUUUGUGGCCCUGAGUGAUGACACGGCCUGGAUCAUCAGGACCAACGGCGACCUGUACCUGCAGACAGGCCUCAGUGUGGAUCGCCCCUGCGCCCGCGCAGUGAGGGUCGACUGUCCCUACCCGCUGUCCCAGAUCGCCGCCCGGAACUGCGUGGUGUGGGCGCUGACAGAGCAGAGGGCCCUGCUGUACCGCGAGGGCGUGAGCAGCUUCUGCCCUGAGGGGGAGCAGUGGAAGUGUGACAUCAUCAGCGAAAAGCAAGCGCUGGAGCCUGUCUGUAUCACCCUCGGGGACCAGCACACCCUCUGGGCGCUGGACAUCCGUGGGAAGCUGUGGUUCAGGACCGGUGUGGUGCCCAAGAAGCCCCAAGGGGACGACGACCACUGGUGGCAGGUGAGCAUCACAGACUAUGUGGUGUUUGACCAGUGCAGCUUAUUCCAGACCAUCAUCCAUGCCACACACUCAGUGGCCACGGUGGCCCAAGCGCCCGUGGAGAAGGUGGCAGAUAAGCUGCGCAUGGCCUUCUGGUCCCAGCAGCUUCAGUGCCAGCCCAGCCUGCUGGGGGUCAACAGCAGCGGUGUCUGGAUAUCCUCGGGCAAGAACGAGUUCCACGUCGCCAAGGGAAGCCUCAUAGGCACGUACUGGAAUAACGUGGUUCCCCGGGGCACAGCAUCCGCGACAAAAUGGGCCUUCGUGCUGGCUUCUGCAUCUCCCACCAAGGAAGGGAGCUCCUUGUGGCUGUGUCAGAGCAGCAAGGACCUGUGCAGCAUCAGUGCCCAGUGUGUGCAGUGCCGGCCGUCCACGGUGCAGCUGCCGCCCGACGCGGAGAUGUGUGCCUACGCUGCCUGCCAGGAUGCACUGUGGGCCCUGGACAGCCUCGGACAGGUGUUCAUCCGCACGCUCUCCAAGAGCUGCCCCACCGGCAUGCACUGGACAAAGCUGGACCUCUCACAGCUAGGAGCUGUAAAACUGACUAGCUUGGCUUGUGGAAACCAGCACAUCUGGGCCUGUGACUCCAGGGGUGGAGUUUACUUCCGGGUCGGAACCCAGCCUCUGAAUCCCAGCCUGAUGCUCCCAGCCUGGAUCACCAUCGAGCCGCCUGUCCAGGAAGGUGCGUCCAGGCCACAACGUAGGCCGGAAGACCCAGGCCAAGCCAGCACCCAGCCGCAGUUGGAGCAAAGCAGACAGAGCCACGUCCAGGGAGGGGACGCCAGAGAUUUGCUGGAGCUCCCCUGGAGGGAACCACCAAGGCCAGGCGAGAGCAGGGCCCAAGGGGACGCUUCUCAAAAUGCAGACAGGCCGGGAGCUGCUCCCAGGCCCAGCCCAAGCAGAAACCCUCCCAAGCCAUAUUGCACAGCAGGCCUGCCAGAGGCUGAAAGCGGGACUCACAAGAGUCCAGCAGCGCCUGUGUGGACCAGCGGCAUCUCAAAACACAGCUCCGGAACAUGUGUGAACUAUGAAACAUGCAGCACCAACCAGCCUGCUGGAGUCACCCUGGUCAGCAUCUUCGCCAGUCCCGACGACCAGAUGUUGUGGGCUCUGGACAGCAGGUGGAACGUGCACGUGCGCACCGGGGUCACUGAGGAGAUGCCCGUGGGCACCAGCUGGGAACACGUGCCAGGGUUGCAGGCCUGCCAGUUGGCGCUGAGCACCAGGACCGUGUGGGCCCGCUGUCCCAAUGGUGACCUUGCCCGCCGCUAUGGCAUCACAGACAAAAACCCUGCGGGUGACUACUGGAAGAAGAUCCCUGGAAAUGCACUGUGUUUCACAGUGACCUCGUCAGACGAGCUGUGGGCUGUGGGUCCCCCUGGCUACCUCCUCCAGCGGCUGACAAGGACAUUCAGCCACACACACGGCACCCUGAGGAGCGGCCAGGCAGCCGCCCCACACCCUGAGGACCUGGAGGACGAGUGGGAGGUCAUCUGAGGGACCGGGCCCCUGGGCCGGGAGGAGGCCCAGCUCAGUGGCUCUGCAGCUCCGAGAAGGCCGGCCUCGUGACACGUGUCCAGACACGCCCAGCCACGCCAACACCCACACUUGUCAUUCACGUUCUUCCUGUCUCGUUCUGGAGCCCACGGCCUCGGCCGAGUGCCAGGACUGCCCCGCAGCAGUGGCGCCUGUGGCCUCGCGGUUGCCUGCAGGUGGGGACAGGGCUGCUGCCCGGUUGCUUGUGGAGCGAGCCUGUGCGCCGUGAGGCUGUCCACCCGCACCUGUGUGUGGGAGGCAUGGAGCCUCUUGGCAGGAGCCGGAGCCAGGACGGGGACACCCGGGCAGCACGCGGGGGCUGGGGGCGCAGCCACCGUCACACACCCCUGCCCCUUCCUGAGACACCGCACCUUGGCUCACGCCGUGCUGGGCCAGGCAGGGCCAGGUCGUCCGCAUCUGUGGCACUGGGCUGUGUGCAGUGAGGACGCAGUGCCACAGCCCUCUGUCGCCUGCCACCCCACCUCCAGGGCCGCAGGUGCUAGGACGGGAGGCGCACACCAGUGCCGGGCCGGUUAGUGGGCUUUGAGACGCCAUGGGAGUGACGUUGAGCUGGUGCCACUGUGGCCAUCACAAAGCCAGACACAUCCUGAGGAUGGCUCUACUAGGCAUUGCCUUUGUGUUUGUUGUUGUACAAACCCUCUUGAGAUACCUCAUCCAAAAUCGGAUCUUACAAAUUUAGAGAACCAUGUCUUCUGAUCUCCUCCCGAGCUCUGUCCUGCGCCUGUCCAGCCGUGGUCACAGGGUUGCUCCUCCAAUGGACAGUGGCCAGGGUCCAUCACCCGGGCUCUUGGGGUCAGCGGGGGCACUGCCCGCUGGCACUGAGCUCUGUGCUGGGGCCAGGCCAGUCCUGGCUGCCGCGGCUGCUUUUUUUAGCCACCUCUGCCUAGCGACACUCGAUGCCUGCUUGUGCUGAAUGAGCUGUCAGGAGCCCCAGGCCACAAGUGACGGCGGUAAAACACGGCUGUGACAGGGCCCACAGCCACGCAGGGGGAGGGCAAGGUGUGGGGCCAGUCCUGUGUCUUUCUUCACCUUCCCAGAACCCUCCUUGGCGAGCCUGGUGUCGGUGCUGUGCCUUGCCUGACUUCACGGUGGUGGUGCCCUCCUGGGCCCGGGACGUGAGUGCAAUGAAGCCAAGUCUGAUGGAUUCUCGAACUUCCACCUUCGGCGUGGUGUGCAGUUUUCUUUCUGGUUUUCACCCUCGGUUGUGCUUUGAGAUCGUGCAAUAAACUUGAUUUUUUGCAAA